AUGCUCUCCGGACUCAUACUGACAGGCAGCUUGCUGGCAAGCACGGCGCUUGCUCAGAAUGUUACCUUCCAGAAUCACUCUCAAACCAUCCUGAGAGUGGACAGUGGCAGCUAUGGACCGCCCGUGGAAGAGGUGCACUACUGUGGGUGUUGUUCAGAGAAGACCUCGAGCUCAAGCUGAUCAUCCAUAUUAGACUACGGGCAAUGGCCUGUUGGCAUAGCAGCUGCCUCCAACAACCGCCUCUUCGCCACUUACACCCGUGGCGACUACAUGUACACCUUGGGCGAAAUCAUGAACACGACCGCGGAGCGACCGUAUCCAUCUCAAGACCUGAAUUGUCUUCCAAGUCAGCUCAAUACGACAUGGAAUGGCAUUGCUUUCGGCUCGAACAAUCAAUCCUGCAUAAUCAACGCGCAGGCAGUCUACGUGACUUCGCAAUCUGGCAGCAGACCGGAGACUUUGUGGGUCAUCGAUACUGGCAGGCCGACUGUGCAUUCUGCGUCCGGUGCGCCGUCGAUGCCGUAUGCUCAGCCUGGAGGACCGAAGCUUAUCGCCAUCAGCUUGGCGAACGACACCGUCUACAGGACCUACACAUUCCCAUCUACAGUCUACUAUCCGGACAGCUACUUCAACGAUCUUCGCUUCGACUUCAACCCAAAUCUAUCCGGCACCUCAGGACAAGGAAUUGCGUACCUAGUGGACAGCUCGAACGAAGGCCGACCAGGCUUCAUCAUGUGCGAUCUCGGCACGGGCGAGAGCUGGAGGCGACUUGAUGAGGACCGCUCUGUGCUUCGUGGGAAUGCUGAUGUACCGUCUUACAACGGUGCUCCUUACUACUUGCGGAUGAAGGGUAUGCCAAUCUACCCGGGUCAGCUGGAGGGCCUCGACGGGAUUGCACUCUCUCCUGAUGGCUCGAGAGUGUACUACUCUCCACUGUCCACUAACUACCUCUGGUCCAUCCCCAGCGCCAAUCUGCGCGAGCGCGACACAAAUCCUCUCGCAGAGAUCCAGGCAUACGCCAACGUCACCAACCAUGGCCAACGAGGUGGAAAUGCGAAUGGUUUCGAGGCAGACUCCAACGGUCUCAUCUAUCAAUGCAUGCCAGAAUCGAACGCCAUCUACUACUACGAUCCAAAAGACGGCAUGACGCAUGGAUAUGUAAGAGACCCUCGAGCUGUUGGCUGGAUUGAUGGCAUUUCGGUCGGAAUCGAUGGAUAUGUCUACUGGUCUAUAAACCAAUUACCCUUCCAACCUGACUGGAAUAAUGGCACGGACCUCAGAGUGCACCCUGGUGCUAUUUUAAGGAGCAAGCUGCCAGGUAACGGCACGAAGAUCACGGAGCUGUACCAAACAACAGGGAGAGGAAACGGCACCACUUAG